AUGCUGCGAGGAGAUUGGUUUAUUUUGGAGGUGUGCGUGGUGACGUGUCGCGAGCGCCUUCGAUCAAAGUUUUCCGGUCUGCGAACAUUGAUCGACAAAAUGGCUGCUGUGAACUCCUCAAGAGAUAUUCUGUGUUUAUUUGAUGUAGAUGGCACGGUUACUCCAGCCAGAUUGGUACGUUUUAGCGAUCGUUCAUUAUUACUUUUAAAAAAGGGUGUAAAUUGUGACGUUAUAUUUUAAACGGCUUCCCGUCGACCUACACAAAGUCUGACAGAAAGCGCGAUCUCAGCAUCUUUCUCGGUUUCAUAUUUUGUUCAGGUAGUCACCCCAGAAAUGAAGGAAUUUAUGAAGAAACUUCGCGAGAAGGUCGUAGUCGCCUUGGUUGGAGGAUCCGACUUUCCAAAACUCGAAGAACAAAUGGGAGGGGACAAUGGUAAGAUUUCCCUUAAAAUUUAUUUUAUUGCCCUUGAAAUCCUUGCAGUACAUGUACCAAGUGGCGUGGUAUUAAAUGAAACGCAUUGUUUUCUAUUUUCCAGUCACUACUUUGUAUGAUUAUGUUUUCCCUGAAAAUGGGCUGGUAGCCUACAAGAAUGGAGAACUGUUUCAUAGGCAGGUUAGUGGAAUAAUAAUAUUUAUUCCAGUUUCACCUUAUAAAUGAAGUGAACAUAAUUCUUCUUCUGUCAGGUUACUUUAUGGUAACCUCCUGAGCUGGUUCUUUAACCAGGUAUGUGAGCUUGCUAGGUUUUCUUCUACGAAGGCGUUAUCAUGCUUAAAUUUGAAGCUUGUGGGUUUUUUUUGAAUGAAAAUUAUCCAGGGAUCAAUUAUUUUAUUUUAUUAAAAUGCAUCUUGUGAUCGAAAGGAGAGCCCAUUUUCAAGUUACCCUAAAGGUGGAUUUCAACUGUCACAUAAUUUUCACAUCCGUACACAGAUAAACUUUACACGCAUAAAUAAGAUAGAGGCAUUGCAUGGAAAAAUAUGUGUAAAUGGAAGAGUUGAACGUCGCUCAACUUUUAUGUGUUUAUGUAGGACCUUUCAUACAUUGCCUCUUAUUCUAUUUACAUAUGUACCCGAAAGCGCACAAAAAAAGGUAUGUGACAGUUAAAAUCCACCUGAACAACCCAGUCAAUUUUUUUGAAUAGGUUCAAGGUUCAAGUUUAUUUCGCACUAUUCAAGUUGAUACAGUAUAAGAUGGCUUACAGAAUCAGAAAGGUUAACAAAUGAUGAAAAAUAAAUAUAAUAUACAAGUUUGUUGAUAUGUGCACAGUGACCAAAGUAGCCGAAGCUUUCGUGUUGGUCAUGAUAACUGGUUAGAGUAGUGUGGCAAGGCAAAGGCCUUAAUUUGUGUGUUGUUUAUUCAUUCAACCUACAUGUAAGUGCUGAUUAGGCAGCAAAUAUACAUGUAUUUCACUGAAAGCGGAAAAACUACUGGCUUUCAGCUUGUUUUGAACAGGCUGCCCUAAAUUUCUAUUUAAAGAAAGUCCUGAUGCACAACCAUUCUCAUGGCGUAGGUUAUAACAAACACCAGAAUUUGCUUUGAAAAGGAGGCUCAAAGUCAUUCAGAAAUGGACUUUUAGACAUCAUUGAUUGAUGUUAUUCUUUUUUGUAUUUUUUCAUGUAGUAAUGAUUUGUUUAAGAAGUGUUAUUUUUUUUAUAUUAGGAUAUCAAGACAUUUAUGGGUGAAGAAAAGCUUAAAACAUUCAUCAAUUUCUGCUUAAAGUACAUUGCGGAAUUAGAUAUUCCUGUAAAAAGGUAAGAGUCAACAAAUGCAUAAACUUUUAAAAGCAAGUGUAUUCAAGAUAGUAUUCAUAGCAGUCUCUAUCAUAACCAUGACUCUUGAGACAGUCAAUGCCAAAAUGUACUUCCCAAUACAAUAAUGUGUGCUGGGGAGAAUUUGAAAUGAGCAGGGCAAUCGACUGAUAGCGCUAGAAUUACCUUGGGUAUACACUGUAUUCACUCGAGAUGAGAAGCCUUAAGAACCAUGUUUUGGAUGCCCAACAGAUUAUACAAACUGGUGGUUAUAAAGCGGUGGGUUUCCACUGUCAUGUAAUUUUUACAUGCAUGUAUGUGCACAAAAACUACCUGCAUAAAGUAAAAUAGAGGCAAUUUAUAGAAGGUGAGGCAUUUACUCAACUUUUAAACUAAAAUAAAUGUUUACCCAGAGCUGUUAUUAACAAGCAGGGGCUGAGGAUUUUCCCCAGCUACCAUGGAUGUAGCCCCCAGUAGAAAAAUAGAAGAAAAACAGAACCAAAAGAAACCCCAAGCUGUUUGAUUCCUCACCUACUUGUUGUAUUCACCCUGCAACUUGAAAUCUUAGUUAGAACCCUUUUAACCCUUAAUAGUGCUCAAGUACCCAUGAUACAUGUAAGCAUUUCAUUUAAUUUGACAUAUUCACUGUACAGUGUACAUGUACCUAUUCCUAAAGAGGUAAUGAUGGUGUAUCUUAUUAUGGUCAACAAAAUGCUUUUGACAUAAUUUUUAUACAUCCCAGGAAUUAAGACUUAGUUUGCACACCCUUGCUUGUACCAGGUAACUAUUAAGCAGUCAUAGAGAAGAUCUGUUGGGGUGGGACCGGGUACAGGAGUGAUUACAUUCUCAAUGUACACAUUUCUUUUCUCAUCUCCAAUAAUAGAUGGUUUUCUCAGUAACAUAAUCAAAUUGUUAAGUCAAAAUAGUGAGGUUUUACUCAUUCUUUUUUACACUAGGUUGAAGACAAACAAAACGUAAAUCUUUAUACAAGUUUCCAUUCCAGUAGCAUGUUUCAUUUCGAAAAUACAGCAAUUUGAACUUCCGAGUUUUCGCAGUGUGUGACACCAAAAUAGGAAUGCUGUCUCAUUGAAAAGUCUCUCUUCUUGAUUUUCAGCCGUAUAACCAUUUCAAGUAUUAGAAGAUAUGUUUAUGCACACAUAUGCUUGUUCUCCACGGGAAAGAAAGAGCUUCUAUAGAGAAAGUGAACUCCAGAUGUUUUUUUUUAUUUCCGGGGGCCAUAUUGGUGCACCAAAACGGUACACCAUUAUGGCAUAACUCAGAAACUGUGGGCUACGAAGACCUGAGACUUGAUCAAAUUGUUUAUAUAUGUGUUUUAUAACCUUUCAUUUUCUUGGCUUCUUCCACUGGACGGUUUCCAAUUUAUUUUUUUGUUGCGUGAUGGUGAGAAACGAUUUAUACAAUAAUAUUAUUGUUAACUGUCCAACUACCACAUUUUAUGGCUUUUAUUUUCUUGCAGAGGAACAUUCAUAGAGUUUCGAAAUGGAAUGAUAAAUGUUUCACCAAUAGGAAGAAAUUGUUCACAGGAAGAAAGAAUAGCAUUCUUUGAGUAUGACAAAGUAAGUGGAUCUUAACAUUUUUCACAUCUAAGCAUCUCUCCCUAACCGACAGACCAACCUGUUUUGUGAUAGAAAGGACAAUAGCUGCUCCCAUGUUUUUAGCUAUAUUUGGGACCAAAAUGUAAGUAUAGAAUACUUCUCAGUUGGUCUUUAAUUGUUAUUUUUCACAGGUUCACAAAGUUAGGGAUAAAUUUGUGUCUGUUUUGAGAGAAGAGUUUGCAGAUUAUGGACUACAGCUCAGUAUAGGAGGUCAGAUAAGUUUUGAUGUCUUCCCAAAAGGCUGGGACAAGACUUAUUGCCUGAAGCAUGUGGAAAAUGAUGGUUACAAGGAAAUUCAUUUCUUUGGGGAUAAGUGCUAUCAGGUGCAGUACUCUCUUGCUGUGUAUAACAAACAAUUAACAAUAUUAUUGGACGAGGUUGAGCAAAAUAUAGUGAUUUGUCUGUGGUGAGCAGUUCGGCUUAAACUUCGCGAGAAGGUCGUAGUCGCCUUGGUUGGAGGAUCCGACUUUCCAAAACUCGAAGAACAAAUGGGAGGGGACAAUGGUAAGAUUUCCCUUAAAAUUUAUUUUAUUGCCCUUGAAAUCCUUGCAGUACAUGUACCAAGUGGCGUGGUAUUAAAUGAAACGCAUUGUUUUCUAUUUUCCAGUCACUACUUUGUAUGAUUAUGUUUUCCCUGAAAAUGGGCUGGUAGCCUACAAGAAUGGAGAACUGUUUCAUAGGCAGGUUAGUGGAAUAAUAAUAUUUAUUCCAGUUUCACCUUAUAAAUGAAGUGAACAUAAUUCUUCUUCUGUCAGGUUACUUUAUGGUAACCUCCUGAGCUGGUUCUUUAACCAGGUAUGUGAGCUUGCUAGGUUUUCUUCUACGAAGGCGUUAUCAUGCUUAAAUUUGAAGCUUGUGGGUUUUUUUUGAAUGAAAAUUAUCCAGGGAUCAAUUAUUUUAUUUUAUUAAAAUGCAUCUUGUGAUCGAAAGGAGAGCCCAUUUUCAAGUUACCCUAAAGGUGGAUUUCAACUGUCACAUAAUUUUCACAUCCGUACACAGAUAAACUUUACACGCAUAAAUAAGAUAGAGGCAUUGCAUGGAAAAAUAUGUGUAAAUGGAAGAGUUGAACGUCGCUCAACUUUUAUGUGUUUAUGUAGGACCUUUCAUACAUUGCCUCUUAUUCUAUUUACAUAUGUACCCGAAAGCGCACAAAAAAAGGUAUGUGACAGUUAAAAUCCACCUGAACAACCCAGUCAAUUUUUUUGAAUAGGUUCAAGGUUCAAGUUUAUUUCGCACUAUUCAAGUUGAUACAGUAUAAGAUGGCUUACAGAAUCAGAAAGGUUAACAAAUGAUGAAAAAUAAAUAUAAUAUACAAGUUUGUUGAUAUGUGCACAGUGACCAAAGUAGCCGAAGCUUUCGUGUUGGUCAUGAUAACUGGUUAGAGUAGUGUGGCAAGGCAAAGGCCUUAAUUUGUGUGUUGUUUAUUCAUUCAACCUACAUGUAAGUGCUGAUUAGGCAGCAAAUAUACAUGUAUUUCACUGAAAGCGGAAAAACUACUGGCUUUCAGCUUGUUUUGAACAGGCUGCCCUAAAUUUCUAUUUAAAGAAAGUCCUGAUGCACAACCAUUCUCAUGGCGUAGGUUAUAACAAACACCAGAAUUUGCUUUGAAAAGGAGGCUCAAAGUCAUUCAGAAAUGGACUUUUAGACAUCAUUGAUUGAUGUUAUUCUUUUUUGUAUUUUUUCAUGUAGUAAUGAUUUGUUUAAGAAGUGUUAUUUUUUUUAUAUUAGGAUAUCAAGACAUUUAUGGGUGAAGAAAAGCUUAAAACAUUCAUCAAUUUCUGCUUAAAGUACAUUGCGGAAUUAGAUAUUCCUGUAAAAAGGUAAGAGUCAACAAAUGCAUAAACUUUUAAAAGCAAGUGUAUUCAAGAUAGUAUUCAUAGCAGUCUCUAUCAUAACCAUGACUCUUGAGACAGUCAAUGCCAAAAUGUACUUCCCAAUACAAUAAUGUGUGCUGGGGAGAAUUUGAAAUGAGCAGGGCAAUCGACUGAUAGCGCUAGAAUUACCUUGGGUAUACACUGUAUUCACUCGAGAUGAGAAGCCUUAAGAACCAUGUUUUGGAUGCCCAACAGAUUAUACAAACUGGUGGUUAUAAAGCGGUGGGUUUCCACUGUCAUGUAAUUUUUACAUGCAUGUAUGUGCACAAAAACUACCUGCAUAAAGUAAAAUAGAGGCAAUUUAUAGAAGGUGAGGCAUUUACUCAACUUUUAAACUAAAAUAAAUGUUUACCCAGAGCUGUUAUUAACAAGCAGGGGCUGAGGAUUUUCCCCAGCUACCAUGGAUGUAGCCCCCAGUAGAAAAAUAGAAGAAAAACAGAACCAAAAGAAACCCCAAGCUGUUUGAUUCCUCACCUACUUGUUGUAUUCACCCUGCAACUUGAAAUCUUAGUUAGAACCCUUUUAACCCUUAAUAGUGCUCAAGUACCCAUGAUACAUGUAAGCAUUUCAUUUAAUUUGACAUAUUCACUGUACAGUGUACAUGUACCUAUUCCUAAAGAGGUAAUGAUGGUGUAUCUUAUUAUGGUCAACAAAAUGCUUUUGACAUAAUUUUUAUACAUCCCAGGAAUUAAGACUUAGUUUGCACACCCUUGCUUGUACCAGGUAACUAUUAAGCAGUCAUAGAGAAGAUCUGUUGGGGUGGGACCGGGUACAGGAGUGAUUACAUUCUCAAUGUACACAUUUCUUUUCUCAUCUCCAAUAAUAGAUGGUUUUCUCAGUAACAUAAUCAAAUUGUUAAGUCAAAAUAGUGAGGUUUUACUCAUUCUUUUUUACACUAGGUUGAAGACAAACAAAACGUAAAUCUUUAUACAAGUUUCCAUUCCAGUAGCAUGUUUCAUUUCGAAAAUACAGCAAUUUGAACUUCCGAGUUUUCGCAGUGUGUGACACCAAAAUAGGAAUGCUGUCUCAUUGAAAAGUCUCUCUUCUUGAUUUUCAGCCGUAUAACCAUUUCAAGUAUUAGAAGAUAUGUUUAUGCACACAUAUGCUUGUUCUCCAGGGGAAAGAAAGAGCUUCUAUAGAGAAAGUGAACUCCAGAUGUUUUUUUUUUAUUUCCGGGGGCCAUAUUGCUGCACCAAAACGGUACACCAUUAUGGCAUAACUCAGAAACUGUGGGCCACGAAGACCUGAGACUUGAACAAAUAUAUUGUUUAUAUAUGUGUUUUAUAACAUUUCAUUUUCUUGGCUUCUUCCACUGGACGGUUUCCAAUUUAUUUUUUUGUUGCGUGAUGGUGAGAAACGAUUUAUACAAUAAUAUUAUUGUUAACUGUCCAACUACCACAUUUUAUGGCUUUUAUUUUCUUGCAGAGGAACAUUCAUAGAGUUUCGAAAUGGAAUGAUAAAUGUUUCGCCAAUAGGAAGAAAUUGUUCACAGGAAGAAAGAAUAGCAUUCUUUGAGUAUGACAAAGUAAGUGGAUCUUAACAUUUUUCACAUCUAAGCAUCUCUCCCUAACCGACAGACCAACCUGUUUUUUGAUAGAAAGGACAAUAGCUGCUCCCAUGUUUUUAGCUAUAUUUGGGACCAAAAUGUACGUAUAGAAUACUUCUCAGUUGGUCUUUAAUUGUUAUUUUUCACAGGUUCACAAAGUUAGGGAUAAAUUUGUGUCUGUUUUGAGAGAAGAGUUUGCAGAUUAUGGACUACAGCUCAGUAUAGGAGGUCAGAUAAGUUUUGAUGUCUUCCCAAAAGGCUGGGACAAGACUUAUUGCCUGAAGCAUGUGGAAAAUGAUGGUUACAAGGAAAUUCAUUUCUUUGGGGAUAAGUGCUAUCAGGUGCAGUACUCUCUUGCUGUGUAUAACAAACAAUUAACAAUAUUAUUGGACGAGGUUGAGCAAAAUAUAGUGAUUUGUCUGUGGUGAGCAGUUCGGCUUCGGCAAAUAAUUGAUCUGCAAGACACUAUCAAAUCACGAUAUUUUGCGAUAACCGAGUUCAAUAAUAAUAUUGUGUUAUCAUUCGAUCGCCGAGUUGGUUUUUUUAAUGAAUAUCCUUGGGAAGCAAAGCGAUUUGCCAUUUUCACGCAAGAGUGAUUGCAAGAAGGAGAAAAGCACGGUUUCCUUUACGCAUGAGCAGAAUAUCAUUUGCAGCCAAACACUGUUGACGGCAUUGCGCAUGAGCAGACCAUUAUUUGUAGGCAGUUAUUUGCAGGUCACAUGGUUGGCUUUCGGCCAAUGAAAAGAAAGAAAAUUUGCUUCAAAUGAUAAUAAUUAUUAUUUGCAUUUAUCACAUGGCCAGUUUUUUGAAACCUUAGAAUGACAUUAACAGUCUGCCAGGCAAGGUAAAAUUAACUUUAAGCCAUGAGAUCAAUAUUAGUGGCCAGAGCAGGACUUGAAGCUGGACCCCCAAGGUUGCAAUCCAAUGCGCGGGUCUUGGCCAGUCUGCCCUCUUGACUGUUGGGAAGCAGCAUGGCGGAGUGAUCAGUGCAUCGGAUUUGCAAUCCGACAUUCCCAGAUUCGAGUCCUGCCUGGGCGCUGGAUAUGUUUUUGGUUGCCUCGCGUUGCUUCCUGCUAGUUGAGCUGGUUAAUUCUGUUACGUUCUAUUUGAAUACGUUUGUUUCUAAUAAAGUGGAUUUCCUGUAAACUGCUGGAUAAGCCUCUGUAAGUGCACUUUUCACUGUUGCAGUCAAACAGGGAAAACCCUGAAAACCAGAAAUAUUUCUGGAAUGUUAUUGUGUUGCAAGUAAAAAGCCACCCAGACGUGAAAAAACUAAACUGCAAGCAAGAACGUUGAUUAGUUUGUGGUUUUGUGGCUAGUUUGUGUGUUCUCAUCUUUGCUGUGAUUGGUCAUAACACAAUAAACAUUGCUGAAUUAUUUCACUGUUUUCCUGGUCGCACUGUAACCUUCAACCUGUCCAACAGACGACUCAUUGCUGGUAUCAAUCCAAGAUAAUAAGGAUCAAUCCUAAAAUUCCAGCAUUAUUGUUGCUGUAUACAAAACCUGUGCUAUUAUCUCUUACAUUCUAAUAAUAAUAGCUACAGUCUUGUUUAAAUAUUAAUAAUAAUAGCAAGAAAAAAUAUUUAAGUAAUAUUGUAUAUUUUUGACUUUGUAUGUGUAUUUUUUAACCAUUUUCAUAUUCACUUUCAGGGUGGUAAUGACUAUGAAAUUUUCAUGGAUGAGCGAACAAAGGGACACAAAGUUACUUGUCCAGAAGACACCAUGAACCAACUGAAAGAACUGUUCUCUGUCAGCUAG